UGCCAACUCAGAUAAAAUAUUGUCGGAAGAACAUAAAAUUAUUAUAUUUCGCUGUUAAUUUGUGUUUAUUUAAUUGAAAAAGUAUUGGAAUAGCUAGAUAAGAAAGCGUUGUAGAGAUGUUGACGAAUUUUGAGACUAAAUCAGCUCGAGUUAAAGGAUUAAGCUUUCAUUCAAAACGUCCGUGGAUUCUUGCAAGUUUACAUACCGGAGUUAUUCAGUUAUGGGAUUAUAGAAUCAGUACAUUAUUGGAGAAAUUCGAUGAACAUGACGGUCCAGUUCGAGGCAUUGCAUUUCACAACCAGCAACCAUUAUUCGUCAGCGGUGGUGACGACUUCAAAAUUAAAGUUUGGAACUACAAACAGAAACGAUGCAUUUUCACACUUCUUGGACAUUUAGAUUAUGUUCGAACAACAGCUUUCCAUCACGAAUAUCCUUGGGUAUUGAGUGCUUCAGAUGAUCAGACUAUUCGUAUUUGGAACUGGCAAUCACGUACAUGCAUCUGCGUCUUAACUGGACAUAAUCACUAUGUCAUGUGUGCUCAAUUCCAUCCAACAGACGAUACAAUUGUCUCAGCAUCCCUCGAUCAGACAGUCCGAAUCUGGGACUUUUCAGGUGUCGCUGCUCGUGAUGGAAUGAAAGGAUUGAGAAAGAAGAAUGUAGCACCAGGACCUUCAGGCUUAGAGGAUCAUUUAAAGAAUCCAUCGUCAACUGACUUAUUUGGUCAAGCUGAUGCAGUUGUUAAGCACGUCCUUGAGGGACAUGAUAGAGGAGUAAAUUGGGCUCAUUUCCAUCCAACACUUCCACUCGUUGUGUCUGGAGCUGAUGAUCGUCAAAUAAAAUUGUGGCGCAUGAAUGAGUAUAAAGCAUGGGAAGUUGACACGUGUCGAGGACAUUACAAUAAUGUUUCAUGCGUUCUUUUCCAUCCACGUCAAGAAUUGAUUAUAUCAAACAGUGAGGAUAAAAGCAUUCGAGUCUGGGAUAUGACAAAGAGACAAUGUCUAAAUACUUUCCGUCGUGAACAUGAACGUUUUUGGAUUCUUGCUGCCCAUCCUACACUAAAUCUCUUUGCAGCAGGUCACGACAAUGGGAUGAUUGUUUUUAAACUCGAACGUGAACGUCCUGCAUAUGCUGUUCAUGGAAAUAUUUUGUACUACAUCAAGGAAAGAUUUUUACGCAAAUUGGAUUUCACAACGACAAAAGAUUCUGUUGUCAUGCAAAUUCGAGGAGGUGGAAAAACUCCAGUGUUUUCGAUGUCCUAUAAUCCAGCAUUAAAUUCAAUACUUUUAUGUACAAGAACAAGUAAUAUGGAAAAUUCAACUUAUGACUUGUAUAAUAUCCCAAAAGAUUCCGAAUCAAAUUCAGAAGUUGAUUCAAAGAGAUCAUCAGGAGUGACUGCAUUAUGGGUAGCAAGGAACAGAUUUGCAGUUCUUGAUAGAUCAGGUCAAUUAGUUGUUAAAAAUCAAAAGAAUGAAGUCACGAAAAAAAUUCAAACUUCACAAUGUGACGAGAUUUUCUAUGCAGGAACUGGAAUGUUAUUACUUCGUGAAUCAGAUCAUGUCACGCUCUUUGAUGUUCAGCAGUUACGCAAUCUUGCACAAGUUAAAAUUACUAAAUGUAAAUACGUUGUAUGGUCUGCUGAUAUGUCACAUGCAGCACUGCUCUCAAAACAUACAAUUAUGAUUUGUAAUCGUCGCUUAGAAUCAUUGUGUACGAUUCAGGAAAGUACAAGAGUAAAGUCUGGUGCUUGGGAUGAUUCUGGUGUCUUUAUCUACACAACAAAUAAUCAUAUUAAGUAUGCCAUCCUUAAUGGUGAUCAUGGAAUUAUAAGAACAUUAGACUUACCAAUUUACAUUACUCGAGUUAAAGGAAAUCAAGUCUUUUGCCUGGAUCGUGAAUGUCGUACACGUGUACUGAAUAUCGACACAACAGAAUAUAAAUUUAAACUUGCAUUAAUUAAUCGUAAAUAUGAAGAAGUCCUACAUAUGGUUAGAAAUGCACGUCUCGUUGGUCAAAGUAUCAUUGCAUAUUUACAGCAAAAAGGCUAUCCAGAAGUUGCCCUACAUUUCGUUAAAGACGAGAAGACACGAUUUGGAUUAGCACUUGAAUGCGGUAAUAUUGAAAUAGCUCUCGAAUCAGCAAAGAGCUUAGACGAUAAAGAUUGUUGGGAUAGAUUAAGUCAAGCGGCAUUAAUGCAAGGAAAUCAUCAAGUCGUUGAAAUGUGCUAUCAACGUACAAAGAACUUUGAGAAGCUCUCAUUCCUGUAUUUAAUAACAGGAAAUCUUGAAAAAUUAAAGAAGAUGAAUAAGAUUGCUGAAAUUAGAAAGGAUGUUUCGGCUCAAUAUCAAGGAGCUUUAAUGCUCGGUGAUGUUAAAGAAAGGUUCAAUAUUCUUAAAAAUUGCAAUCAAAAGUCUUUGGCUUAUUUAACGGCCGCAACGCACGGUCUAGAUCACGAGGCAAGUGAAAUGGCUGAACAAAUUGAAGCCGAAGGCAAGGAAUUGCCAAUUUUAAAUCCAAAUGCGAAAUUAUUUAAAGGUCCACUUCCAAUUCAACAAGCUGAAUCUAAUUGGCCUCUACUUACGGUAUCGCGUGGAUUCUUUGAAGGUCAGCAAAUGUCGAAACAGGCAGGUACAGUCUCAAAGGCAUUGGCUACAACAGAAUUGCUUGAUACUGAAGUUGAAGGUUGUUGGGACGAUGCUGACUUGAAACUUGACGACGACGAUGAAGAUAACGAGGAAAUGAAGGAUGCUUUGGAUACAGUAGAAGGUGAAGGCGCUGGAUGGGAUGUUGGUGACGAUGACAUUGAAUUGCCAGAAGAAUUAGCAAAUAAAUUAGCUCAAUCUGAUGUUAAGGACGGAAACUUCUUUGCUGCGCCAACAAAAGGAGUUCCACAAACACAAAUUUGGAUUAAUGGAAGCUUACUUGCUGCUGAUCACAUUCGUGCUGGAUCUUUUGAGACUGCAUUUAGAAUUUUGAAUGAACAAGUUGGCGUGGUCAAUUUUGAGCCAUACAAGAAAUUGUUUAUGUUCUUAUUUGUCGGUUCCAGAACUUCAUAUUCAUGCCUACCUAAUUUGCCAUCUAAAUUCACAAAUCCACAUCGUAAUUGGAAAGAAGCUGGACUGAAAAAUGGACAUCCAACUGUUGGCGUUAGAUUGAAUGACUUGGUCGCACUUUUACAGACAUGCUAUCAAUUAACUACAUCCGGAAAGUUCACAGAAGCUAUCGAGAAAUUCCAAUAUAUAAUUCUAAAUAUUCCAUUGUUGGUCGUCGAGAGUAGACAAGAGAUUGCAGAAGCACAGCAAUUAAUGAACAUUUGUCGUGAAUAUGUUGUUGGACUACAAAUGGAAACACACAGAAAGACGUUACCGAAAAACACAUUAGAGGAGCAGAAACGGUUAUGCGAAUUAGCAGCAUACUUCACACAUUGUAAUUUCCAACCCGUUCAUCAAAUUCUCACGCUUAGAACGGCAUUAAAUAUGUUCUUUAAAAUGAAGAAUUACAAAACAGCUGCAUCAUUCGCACGUCGUUUACUUGAACUUGGACCGCGAAAUGAUACAGCACAGCAAGCAAGAAAGAUGCUUCAAGCAUGCGAAACUCAACCUACUGAUGAAAAUCAAUUACUUUAUGAUGAACAUAAUCCGUUUAGUUUAUGUGCAGUUACUUAUAAGCCAAUUUAUCGUGGUAAGCCUGAAGAGAAAUGUCCAUUGUGUGCUGCCUGUUACAUACCAGAGUAUAAAGGAUACAAAUGUGAGGUUUGUGGUGUUGCUGAAAUUGGCAAAGAUGUGCUAGGACUUAAAGUUUCGCCACUUCAAUUCCGUUAAUUUCUCUCAUAAAUUUAUAUCAAUUUAUUAUUAAUCUAUAACUUUAAAUAUAAUAUUAUUACAUGUUUAUGAAACAAAACUUUAAAUAAUAAUAAAGAGCAUUAAAAAUCAUGAA